UUUAAAAUGGAAUCAUUUGGUGUAACAAACUCACAAAUUCAAGCAUUAAAAGUUUUUAUUAAUCUUCUUCAACAACACCCAGAGUUUCUUAAUGACGAUAGACUUGAUUUCUUAAGAAAUUAUAUUAUUUCUCUUGGAGGUAAGAUUCCUGAACCAAAAAAAGAAGAGCCAAAAUCUGAAGAAAAGCCAAUGGAAGAAGAAAAGAAAGAAGAAGAAACAGCUAAAGAAAAACCUAUGGAAGAAGAUAUUAAAAUUGAUGAUCCUGAUGUUAUUCCUGGGGAUACAAUUGAACCAGAAACUAUUAAUAUGGAUAUUGAAGUUACUGAAGAAAUGGAGGUUCAAGCUUCUACUAAACGAAGUGAAGCUAUGGAAGCAUUUAAUAAUGGAGAAGUUGAUAAAGCAAUUAAUACAAUUACUGAAGCAAUUAAGUUAAACCCAAGAGUUGCUAACUUUUUUGCUUGUCGUGCUCAAUAUUACAAUAAAGCUAAAAAGCCAAAUGCAGCAAUUAGAGAUUGUACUACAGCUAUUAAAUUGAAUCCAGAUAAUGCCAAAGCAUAUAAGAUGAGAGGUAUUGCUUAUAGAAUGAUUGGACAAUACCAAAAAUCAGUUGUUGAUUUAAGACUUGGUAAUAAACUUGAUUAUGAUGAUAAUACUUAUGAAUUACAAAAAGUUGUUGAAAAGUUCGUUGCUAUUGAAAAACAAAAUGAAAAAAGACAUAACAAACAACAAGAAGAAAAACCAAAACAAGAAGAACAACACCAAUGCCAUUGUGGAGGUGAAAAGAAACCCGGAUGUGAUGGUCAUGGUGGAUGUCAUAGACAGGGAGGUUGUUGUGGCGGACAAGGAUGUUAUGGAGGAAUGCCUAAUAUGGGAAGUAUGCCAAAUAUGGGUGGAAUGAAUGGAUUAUUUGCUGAACUUGCAAAAGAUCCUGAAUUAAUGGCUGCUAUGCAAGAUCCAGAUGUUAUGACUAAAUUAUCAUCUGCUAUGAGUAAUCCAGCACAAAUUGCUACAUUAAUGAGUGAUCCAAAAGUUGGACCAAUUUUGAAUAAGUUAAUGAGUAAAUUUGGUCAAAAUGCUGCUCAAUAAUUGAAUAAAAAUUCAUUAAAU